UUUUUCCUCCUUUCUCCUCUGUAUGUGAAGGAUUCAGUUUAAUAUUCUGAAAGUAAGAGAUUUUUUUAAAAAAGACAUUCUUCAAUUUCUUAUUUUUUUCCUUUUGAUGCUUUUGGAGAAUUGGGUUGUCUUUUAUUUUGCGGUUUCAAUCGGCUGCUGUUGCCUAGGACAUUAUGCCACGUAAGGCUUCUAAACUGCACAGAGUAGGUAGUUAUUAACGCUGAAUUGGCUUCUGGUAUAGUCCAUCUGGGCUCUGUAUGAGAGAGCUUGCUAGCGGCUACUGAUGCUAAGAUACCCGCAACCUUUGGGAUGUAUGCGUGGUGGAGAGGGGCUCAGUGAUAUGAGAUCACUUCUUUUAAGGGAAACUGUCAUUAAUGAGUCAAGAAACUGCUCAUUUAUGAUAAUUAGCACCAUGGAGCCUCAGGUGUCGAAUGGCCCUACUUCCAAUACAACCAAUGGACCCUCCAGCAACAGUAGAAACUGCCCUUCCCCCAUGCAGACAGGGGCUGCUACAGAUGACAGCAAAACCAACCUCAUAGUCAACUAUUUACCCCAGAACAUGACCCAGGAAGAGUUCAGGAGUCUCUUUGGGAGCAUUGGUGAAAUCGAAUCCUGCAAACUUGUGAGAGACAAAAUUACAGGGCAGAGUUUAGGGUAUGGAUUCGUUAACUAUAUUGAUCCAAAGGAUGCAGAGAAAGCCAUUAACACUUUAAAUGGACUCAGACUCCAGACCAAAACCAUAAAGGUGUCGUAUGCCCGUCCAAGUUCAGCAUCGAUCAGAGAUGCCAACUUGUAUGUCAGCGGCCUUCCAAAAACCAUGACCCAGAAAGAAUUAGAGCAGUUAUUCUCACAAUAUGGGCGCAUCAUCACCUCACGGAUUCUGGUUGAUCAAGUCACAGGGGUUUCUCGAGGUGUGGGAUUUAUCCGUUUUGAUAAGAGAAUAGAGGCAGAAGAAGCCAUAAAGGGACUAAAUGGCCAGAAGCCUAGUGGUGCUACAGAACCAAUUACUGUGAAGUUUGCCAAUAACCCCAGCCAGAAAACAAGCCAGGCACUCCUUUCACAGCUGUAUCAGUCUCCCAACAGACGCUACCCUGGACCACUUCACCACCAGGCUCAGAGAUUCAGGCUGGACAAUUUGCUUAAUAUGGCCUAUGGCGUAAAGAGGUUCUCUCCGAUCACAAUCGAUGGCAUGACGAGCCUUGUCGGGAUGAACAUCCCCGGUCACACUGGGACUGGCUGGUGCAUCUUCGUCUACAACUUGUCCCCCGACUCGGACGAGAGCGUCCUGUGGCAGUUGUUUGGUCCCUUUGGAGCAGUCAAUAACGUCAAGGUGAUCCGUGACUUCAACACCAACAAGUGCAAGGGAUUUGGCUUUGUCACCAUGACCAACUACGACGAAGCUGCCAUGGCGAUCGCCAGCCUUAACGGAUACCGUUUAGGAGACAGAGUAUUGCAAGUUUCCUUUAAAACCAAUAAAACCCACAAAUCCUGAAUUUCAUAUCCUUACUUACUAAAAUAUAUAUAUAUAAAUAUAUAUACGAACAAAACAAAACAAAACAAAAAAAACUCUUCAAGGCUUAUAUUCAACCAUGGACUUUAUAAGCCAGUGUUGCCUAAGUAUUAAAACAUUGGAUAUCCUGUGAGGAACAGGAAAGGAUUUUAUAAUGCUUAGAAAAAAAAAAACCUUUGAUGCAUUGAAUGUUCUUUCAUAGCUGUCGUUGUUGAAUAUAAUAUACAUAGAUAACAAUGUGCAGGGAUUUUUACCCGGCCAGCUAGUUUUACUACCUUCCUUGAAGGUGGGUCUUUUUAAGAUGACCAUUCACUCAUUUGAAAAAAAUAAUAAAACAAAAACAAUUUUUACAAACUAAUGGGAUUAAAAGCGAGAAAAAAAAAAAUUUGGUUUGGGUUCUGUUUCUUUUUUUGUUGUUGUUGGUUUUUGUUUGGUUUUUUUUGAAAACAUCAAUUGAAUCAGAUUGGUAAACCCCCACGUAAAUUAAAGAGGAACAAUAAAAAUUGCAAAAAGAACAUAAUUUUGCAACUUUUUUUAUUUUUCCUUUUUUCUUUUGUAUCAUGUGAACUAAACAGUCUUCUGUUAGGGAAUGGGGUAGAGGGGGAUACCUGAUGACAUAACAAUUUAAAUAACAUUAACAAUGUUGCCAAAGAGGUGGUCUCUUUGCUGAAAAUGGGUUUCAAGAAAAAUCUAUUUUUAUAAAAUAUAAAGAAUUUUUACAAGAGAAUCUGGAUUUGAGAAAAAAAUAUUUUGACUGGCUAAUUUAGGGGAAAUUGACAACUUUGUCAUGUUCAUACUGCACUGGUAACUUUUUAGAGAUCAAGAUGUGUGUUUUAAACUGGAUUAGUAGAUUGUUUUUUGAAGGAUGGGCUACAAACAGAUGAUCUUCGUAUCUUUUCAUAGCAUGUAAUAAAAAUAUUAAAUACAGUACGGGAGAGUGUUCUUCCCAGGCACGCAGUUACCCACAGUCAAAACCCAAAAGCAAGGAGAUGAGUUGCAAGACGGUUUUUCUUUAAGUCAUCAGUAUGGGAUAUCAGCAGAACAAAAGUUUAAAAGAAGUUAAUUUUUUUGAUCAAAAACUUCCUUGGUUUGAGCAGUAGGUGCUACGAAAUGAUUUACAUAUCUUAGUAUCAUAGUUAAAUGUAAUGUGUUUAGAAAAAAAAAAAUACAUUUGCUUUAAAUUUGUUAAGACUUUUCAAAUUCACUUUAUAGCCCAAGCUAAUAUAAUUGGGCUGUGUUGGCACAUUUGGAACACUGUUUAUGUUGCUUGAAACACUUAUUUAUUUAAUUGCCGAUGUGAUGCAUAUGGCCAAAAUCAAAUAUAGCUAGUUUGGCUAGUCUACUUAUUUGUUUACUUAAACUAUGGGAAGAAGCAUAUUAUUGUGUCAUUUUGUUGUGUGUGUAUGUGUAUAUAUAAUAUAAAUAUAUAUAUAUAUAAAGUUAUUUUUUCUUUUGGUUAAUUUAUUAUAAGUUGUAACACUUUGCUAGUUUUGUUUGUAUAUGUCUUAAAAUGUUUUCUUAUGAUACUUAAGUGACAGAGGUAUCAAGGUAACUUGUGUAGAAAUAUUGUUUGAUAUAUUGUCAUGUUUGUUGUGAAUAUUUUUUCUUACUGCACAGUAGAAAAGAAAACAACUGGGUCUUUAUUUUAAUGUAAUUCAGAUUGGGGCAAACAGAGCUAAGGGAACAAAAUGACUGAGGGGGUGCUCUCCCAUGUCCAGUGCACUGAUCAUUUUAGUAUGUUUGUGCUUUGUACGGUUAUAUAUUUAAAACAAAAAAGGGUCAUGCUCUUCCCUGAGUACUAGAAACAGUUACUCGCUAUGCAUAAUCUAGUUGAUAGUUAAAUUUGCUAUUGCUUUUCUUGUCUUGUUAUAUAAAAUCUUUUCAAUACAAGUUUAGUCUUAAUGGUAAUAAAACGUUAUGGUUAUUUAUAACUUGUGCUUAUUUUGUGCAUUUUUUCCAUGCUAUUACCCACUAACUGCAUGUAGACUAAGUAUUGUUUUUUCACACUGAAGAGGCAAACUUUUUUGUAGUAGACAAAUAACUAAAGCAAAGGCUGCAUCAUAAUUUUAUCAGUUUUUUACUUUAACAAUGUUAGAUUUUAGUUUAAAGGAACACUCAUUCAAUGUUCAGGGAAACCUUUAUACAUCAUCUGCUAUGAAUGAGCGUAGUUUGCUGGGAAAGUUUUGAUGCAUUUGCUAAGCAUUAGUGGGGAAGGCAUGUCAGAAUCUUUUCUCUACGAUGUGUUUUACUAUCUGAAUAAUAAUAAUAAUUUAAAAAAUCUUUCUUAGGACCAGGCAGUUGUAUACUUUAGUUAUAAUGAAUGACUUCAUGUUAACCUUGCUAGUUUAGAUCAUUUCUGAGGGAAAGUAUUGUAAAUGUUUUUUUCAUAACCUUGUUGUGUUUGAAUUAUUUGUACUUUAAUUGUCCAGACAAUAAAUGAAAGUGUGUAGAAUGGCUAUGGACUUUCCACCUUUUUAACUGUGUUCAGAUGUUUUAGUAAUCCCAGCUGCACCUCAAACGAGGUAGAUCUUAGAGCCUGAUUUCAGAAGCAAGGUCUUUGAGAGAAAUGUGCUAGUCAAACCAGAUGGAGCAUAUUCAUCCUUUGUUUUUCCUUCUGAAGGCUAGAGAGAAUCGGCCAUUGAUUUGAACAUGUCAAACACCAAAUGCAAAACUGUAACUGUAACUUUAUGUAUUUGAAUGUGGAAGAUACUGAAGGAUUUCUACUAUAUACAGUAUUUUUACACGAUGAAAAUAUUAACUCAGUCAAUAUCAACACUGAACAAAAGUAGUGAGCAAAUUUCAGCAUUAAUACAGUUUUUAAGUCAUCAUUUAGUUUGACUUUUCUAUGAAUAUGCUAUGAAUGUCAUGCAAUAUGAAACAGUGUACAUAUUGUCUGCUGUACCACAGUAUAUAUGAUCACAUUCCAAAUUUGAUUCUUUUCACCAUGUGUUAUAACUAGAGUUGAUACUUCUUUCAGUUGACUUGUUUGAAUCCCAUUAAUACCAAUAUUCACUUCAUGUUUCUGUUCUGUAACAUUCACUAACUGAGAAUAUGUACCUUGUAAAACUGCAGCAUUGACUUUCGUAACUGAGAUUAGGAGAACUAUAUCAGAGGGCUGGAUGGACUGUGUGGUUCUUCAGCUCCUUCACCUAUUAAUAAACUCGUGUUUUUGUGAGAUUAAGUUA